AUGCGAUUGGUCGACAGAAGGGGAGGGGGGCACUUUGACGCCGGCGGUGUCGCACAAACAGAUACACAGAGUACCUACUCACUCACUCCACCGAUCGGGCACUACGGUGACCAUACACACAUGUCUCUAGCUAGCUAUAGCUUCAACAUUGCAACAUUAGGGAAACGUUUCCUCGAGGUACUCUGUGGCUGGCUGAAGGGAGCGCCAGAUGCCCGGGGUUGUGCACAGCCUAAUCCUAUUGUGGGCACGUGGGUGAGUACAUUUGUCCAGUAUCUUGAAUUCAGCUUCGCAGAAAAGUUCGAAAUGGGUCAAGGCGGCGGCAUAACCCUCAUCAAUGGCACCCCGCACGACUGGAAACGUGCCGCACCCCCGCACCACCGCAUGGAAAACUGGAACAUCCCCGACAUCUUCCCCGCCGGCCAGUCCACAACCCUCUACAUCGAAUGUCCAUCCGAUGUCCUCACCGCCCACAUCCCCGAAUUCGCCCACGAGACCUUCACCCUCUCCGACACACCCUUCCACUUUGCCCUCGGCGCCCUCACUUUCUAA